CUUGGGCUGAGCCUGCAGCUGCCCAACCUCUGGGCCCACCGGGGCGGAGUCCUUCCUCCUUCCUCUCCCUUGUCAGUCCCUUUCCCCGGGUGCCAGCGGCAAGAGGAGCGACAGCCCCGCUGGACGGAAGGGUUGCGGCCAAGCUAGCCCCGCUCCACCAUGUUUGGCAUGAUCAAGAACUCCCUGUUUGGCUCGGCGGAGGUCUGGCCCUGCCGGGUGCUGAGCCAAGGGGAGAAGGAUGAAGUAUCCUAUGAAGAAAGGACAUACGAAGGUGGAAAGUUUGCUACAGUCGAGCUCACUGAAAAACCAUUUGACGAGGCCAGAAAUGAAGCCGUGCUGAAACUUCUCAAAUAUGUUGGAGGGAGCAAUGACCAGGGAGCUGGGAUGGGGAUAAUGGCACCAAUCUGUACGACUGUAUUUCCUGAAGAUGAUGGGUCCUUGCAGCGUAAGGUGAAAGUCUUGUUACGGAUUCCAAGUCAGUUCCAGGCCAGUCCUCCUUCCCCUACUGAUGAAAGCAUUCGAAUUGAAGAACGAGAGGAAAUAAGUGUUUACUCUACGCAAUUUGGAGGUUACGCCAAAGAAGCAGAUUAUGUGAAUUAUGCAGCCAAGUUGACUUCUGCCUUAGGAGACAAGGAGGACUACCAUAAAGACUUCUAUUUUUGCAAUGGUUAUGAUCCUCCCAUGAAACCCUAUGGGAGACGCAAUGAGGUUUGGUUACUGAAGAAAUGAGCAGCUCAAGAAGCCUGCACCAGGAUUUCCUUAAGUAGGCAGGGAUAAAAGGAAGG